AUGGAUUUGGGGCGGGAAGACUGGGAUUUUAUAUCUAUUGAACCCAACCUUCUAGUGAUCAAAAAAAUUAAAAUUAUUUGCACAUUCAAAUACGCCACAAGACAGCAGCUACAAGAGAAACCUCUCUCAAAUACUAUUCUUACACUACUCAUCUUAUUCUCCCAAGGACUUGAGCGUCAGAAUGGAACAGUCAAAUGGUUCAAUGAUGAGAAGGGUUAUGGCUUCAUUACCCCUGAAACCGGGGAAGACUUAUUUGUUCACUUCCGGGCAGUCGAAGGAAAUGGAUUCAAGUCUCUCAAGGAGGGACAGAAGGUGACUUUCGAAGCAGUCCAAGGGCAAAAGGGUAGACAAGCGGACAAAGUCCAGGUCAUCGAGUGA